AUGAUCGCGGGGGUGUGCGUAUACCCCGCCGCGUGGGGAGAACCGGCCGUGCAGGAAACAUGCGGGCCGACGGCUGACCAGUACAAUAUAGGUCGCUGCCACAUCCGCUGGGCUUACCUCCUCGCUGUAAUCGGCUGUCUGGACGGCAUAGUGCUAGCCGCCCUCGCCUUCAUACUCGCUACGCGCCAUGUAAGGCUCCAGCCUGACAGCCAUUAUCCACCUCCAUCUCUCUAUAAAGGUGAAGUAAAUAAUGCCUACGUAACGGACGCUGCGUCCGUGGCAUCCCGCAAGUCACUCGCCCUACAACCUGUACUACUCGUCCCACACGCUCGCGCAAGAGACCUGGACAGCUACUCGCACUACUCACAGCGCUCCAAGCAUGGAUAUGCCAACACCAUGCACAACUACCAGCUGUAA